AUGAAGCCACACAGACUCACAUUAACGAAUGCUCUUGUCACGGGUUACGGGCUUGACAAACAAAUCCACAACAUCUACAACCCACGUCCCGCUACUCAAGCGGAGCUUGAGGCAUAUCACGAUCACGAUUACAUUGAGUUUCUCUCUAGAGUUACUCCCCAAAAUCAGGGAGCAAUGAGACAACAAAUAGAGGCCUUCAAUUGCGUGGAGGAUAACCCGAUAUUUGCAGAUAUCUAUGAGUUCUGCAAGAUGUAUGCAGGUGGCUCCCUCGCUGCGGCCAGAAAGCUCUGUGCAGGUACCACAGACAUUGCUAUCAAUUGGUCGGGAGGUCUCCAUCAUGCAAAGAAGGCUGAGGCGAGCGGAUUCUGCUAUGUGAACGACAUCGUCCUUGCUAUUCUUGAGCUUCUGAGGUAUCAUCCUCGCGUUCUAUAUAUCGACAUUGAUAUCCACCACGGUGACGGCGUGGAGUUCGCAUUCUACCACACGAACCGCGUCAUGACCGUUUCGUUCCACAAAUACACCGGAGACUUCUUCCCCGGCACAGGAAAGCUCGACGACAACGGCGCCGGGCUCGGCAAGCAUUUCUGCUUAAACGUUCCCCUGCAGGACGGGAUCGACGACGACAUGUACCUCACGAUAUUCAAGACCGUCAUCGAGGACACCGUCACCGCCUUCCGGCCGUCCGCCAUCGUCCUGCAAUGUGGCGCGGACUCCCUGGGCUGCGACCGGCUCGGCGCUUUCAACCUGUCGAUCGCAGCCCACGGAGAGUGCGUCAACUUCGUGCGCAAGUUCAACGUGCCCCUCCUCGUCGUCGGCGGCGGCGGGUACACGAUCAAGAACGUGAGCCGCUGCUGGACGUACGAGACCUCCGUCCUCGUCGGCGCCGCAGUACCCGACGAGCUGCCUAUCACCAUCUACGACUCGUUCUUCCGCGACUCGAAGUGGAAGUUGCACCCGCCACUCACCGGGAAGGUGGACAAUCAGAAUUCGCCGGCGUCGCUGCAGCGCGUCACCAUCAGCAUCCGCAACAAGCUACGAUAUCUCCAAGGCGCGCCUAGCGUGGCGUUGCAGGAGAUCCCGCCAGAUCUCGGGGGCUGGCUCGAGGACGAGACGCGCACACGACAGGAGAAGGAAGAAGAGAAGGGCACCGCGCAAGCUGGGGAAUCCAGAGAAGACCGGUCCAUGAAGCGGAACGAGUACUUCGACGGAGACAGGGAUAACGACGGCGAUGAAGAAGAGGAGGCACCGCCGGCUCCAACGCCACGGACGAAGGCGACUGCCCGGAAAACAAGAGGGGGAAAGCGAGGCCGUGGCAGGGGUAGGGGCAAGGCCACGGCCAACAGCGCGCCGAGGGAAGGUGAAGAUGAGGCAGAGGAGGCAGCCGCACCACCUACACGAUCUAGGACGACAAAGGGAAAGACGAAGGGGCGCGGGCGAGCACGCACGAAGGCACAAGGGAAGAACACCGAGCCGGAUACCCCAAAUGCAGAGCCUGACUCGAAUGCGAGUACAGAACAGGCUCCAACGCCAAUGGAGGUGGAUGUCGUAUGA